CGGCGCUGUCUGGUUAAGUUACUAUUUAGGGAAAAAAAUCUGUUAAGAUUAAAUUUUAUGCCGUAUAUUUCCCACAGAAAAUGUUAUUUUUUUGUAAAAUCGAUGUAGUUAGUCAUUAAUAUUAACUAAUAAUUUGAGAUUGAUUUGGAAAAAAAAAGUUUAAAUUUUAUUCCGGAGAUGGCAACAUUGUUCCGUAAACAAAUUUUGCGGGAAAUUCGUGCAUUGUCUGCUCGAUCCGAUCGAAGUGGAAAGAUGUGUACCGUUCUUAAAUUCGUUAAACUUACCAAAAAUGCUUACGCUCCAACCAAAGGAUCAAAAUUAGCUGCCGGAUACGAUUUAUAUAGUGCUUACGAAUACAUAAUACCAUCCAUGGGAAAAGAAUUAGUAAAAACAGACAUUCAAGUGGCUAUACCCGAAGGAUGUUACGGUAGAGUUGCUCCUAGAUCUGGUUUAGCCAGCAAACAUUUUAUUGACGUUGGAGCUGGAGUGAUUGACCAAGAUUACAGAGGAAAUCUUGGAGUUAUUCUUUUUAAUUUUGGACCUACAGAAUUUAAAGUAUGCAAAGGUGAUCGAAUUGCACAGCUGAUUUGUGAACGUAUAUGUUAUGCAGAUAUUGAAGAAGUUGAGGAUUUAGGUACUACAGAAAGAGGACAGAAUGGAUUUGGCUCUACUGGAAAGAAUUGAAUUAGCAUUCAAAUUCUUAUUAUUUUAAUGUUAUUGAGUUCUGUGUUCAUCCAUUUACUGUACAUAUUUUAGGCCAUCUUUUAAGUUAUGCAGAUAAAAUUAAUAUAAUAAUAAAUUUAAAGACAGUGAUUGUUUUUGAAGCUACAUAUUUUGAAAUUUUAUGCCCAUUAUUUUAUUGUUUGAUAAUUUAAGGAGAGAAUUUUAUAAAUGUCUAAUUCCUACAAAUGAUAGUAAAUGUGAAUAAAAGUAAUUUUGUUUAAUCUGUUUCUGCAAAUCAUUUCUUCUCUCGUGUUUUAAAGUGUUGCCACAUUGUUUUCUCAGGCCAAGACUGAUUAAAAUAUAUAAAUAAAAGAUAAAAUAAGU